CGUCGUGACGUUGGUGCCGGUUGCCGCCGUAAGCGGCAGUUGGGAAGCAAAGGUCGGGACGGAGCCGCGAGAGAGAUAGAGCGCGGGCGCUGACAGCAGGAGGAUGGCGUCGGGAGUCGGCCAGGCCGCCGAGGCCGAGCUGUCGCAGGCAGCGCCGCCGCCGCCACCGCUGAUCCGCUUUGUGCAGCUGGUCAGGUACGAGAACUUGGUGGCCGGCAUCAGCGGCGGAGUGGUGUCAACCCUGGCGCUGCACCCGCUCGACCUCAUCAAGAUCAGGUUCGCAGUGAGUGAUGGUCUGCAUACGAGGCCAAAAUACAAUGGAAUUUUACAUUGUAUCAAGAGCAUUUGGAAAGUUGAUGGAAUUCAAGGGCUUUACCAAGGAGUUACCCCCAAUGCCUGGGGCGCAGGAUUGUCUUGGGGAUUAUACUUCUUCUUUUAUAAUGCCAUCAAGGCAUACAAGCAAGAUGGGAUUCCAACACUCAGCGCUACUCAGCACCUCGUCUCAGCUGCUGAAGCUGGUGCGAUGACUCUUUGCAUUACAAAUCCAAUUUGGGUGACUAAGACACGAUUGGUUCUGCAAUAUAAUGCAACUACUGAUCCAUCAAAGAGAGCAUACAAAGGCAUGUUUCAUGCCCUUUUGAAAAUAUAUCAGAAUGAAGGUAUUCGUGGGCUUUACAAGGGAUUUGUGCCGGGACUUUUUGGGACCUCACAUGGUGCUCUCCAAUUCAUGGCUUAUGAGGAGCUGAAGAAAGAAUACAAUAAUCACAGGAAUAUGGCAGCAGGUGCAAAACUGAACACCUUAGAAUACAUAACCAUGGCUGCAUUGUCCAAAGUAUUUGCUGUGACAACAACCUAUCCAUAUCAAGUGAUACGUGCUCGGCUGCAGGAUCAACAUACCCGGUAUUCUGGAGUAACUAAUGCUAUAUGGAGAACGUGGAGGAAUGAAGGCAUUCAUGGAUUUUACAAAGGAAUUCUUCCAAACGUGUUCAAAGUGACACCUGCAUGCUGCAUUACAUUUCUAGUGUAUGAAAAUGUUUUACAAUUUCUAUUUGGUUUACAACAACAGUGAACCAAGAACUAUUGUCAGAACUUGAAUAAUGGUGUCGCAUUGUUUCACAGAACUAAAUGGUGGUCAUGAGGAGAACGUCAAGUGUUCUCUUAUAACUAUUUAAAGCAUCCCUAGUUGUUCCAAUAGUAUUUCAGCACUACUGUUAAAAUAUUAUUUAUUUAACAAUAAAAAAAUUUGGAAUGCUUGUAAAUAAAAUUAUAAGUGCAAUUCUAAAUGUGUAAAAAUUAUAAUGAUAAGGCCAAAGAAAAAUGUUUAAUAUUUAAUACUGAUGAAAUCAUUGUAUUGACAUUAUAAUCAGCAAGUGAAUGUUAACAAGUAGCGUCAAACUGAAUUGAUAAAAACAACGGUUUUAUAUUCCUGCAAUAAUAUUUUGUAAUAAAAUACAUUUUUGUACAAUUUGUUACUUAAUGGAGAUAAAGUAUCAAAGUAAUUUGAAUAGUAAAAUUUGGUUUUACUUUAAAGGAAAUAUAGGCAUCUUGUUUUACGUGUUUAAUUUCCACAUUUUUAGAAUAACGAGUUAAUUUCUCAUUUCUACCAUUUGUGCACUUUUUGAUAAUGCUUUGCUUCUCAAGAUUGAAGCUUCAUUGUCAUCUCUGUUUAUUGCAAAGAAAUGAGUUAAGUAGCACUUUGGGAUGGAUUUUUAAAAAUAUAUUGCAUGAAUAUUUUCAAAUCAGAAUGUUUUAAGAUAUCGGGUAAAGAUCAAUUGGAAUAAAUUUGAACAGUUCACACC